UAGUGAUUAUUAUCUAUUCUGCAGUCUCGUACCUGUCGUCGUCCGGGAAGGACGUCCCCAGCACACUCUGCUCGUUCAGGUUUGGCUAGAUCCUUAAGGCUACUGAGACCCUUCCUUAAGCUGUGAGAGACGCCUGAUUUUCCUGGCACGAGUGAGAACAUUGUUGUUGUCUUUUGCCAUCAGGGAGCUGCCGAUCACAAUGUCGAAAGUCUGUCUGUUUCUGGCCUUUGUCUCGUGGAUGGGGACAGCAGCAUCCAAAGACAUGAAUUUAAGGUCCGACAUGACAGUGUCCUUGUCCGAAUUAGGCGACGACAUUUCCUUGGGCCAUUCGCACCAGACUGUGUUGGAUCCCGAGGGAAUAUUCACUGUGCUUUGGACACCGGAUUUCAAGAAACAAGAGGUGAUUUUUGAACUUCACGUGCGAACGCUGGGAUGGUUUGGUUUCGGUUUCUCCUCCAAUGGCGGCAUGAGAGGAGCUGACAUCGUGACAGCCUGGAUUAAGGACGGCCAGCUCUAUUUGCAAGACAGGCACGGCGUCGGUGACACAAGGCCUCCUCUGGAUGAUCAUGGCGACUGGCGGCCUCUACACGCUCGGGAGAACGACACGCACACCAUCUUGAUUGUGGCGCGGGACAUCAACACAUGCGACCCCCAGGACUAUGCGUUGACCAACGAGACAGUUCGCAUGAUAUAUGCCUGGGACGACCAAGACCCGCUGGACGACUCGGGGCCCAAUUACCACGGGCAGCAGAGAGGGAACAGGUUUGCUCUAGUUUUACUUCCCUUCCACCACGCUACAGUCAAGGACGAUAUUCAGACGUGGCGAGUUCGACAAAAGAAGAAAUUACCGCACAAACGUGACACCUUUUACUGGUGCCACAUAGAGGCAGUUCCCAAGCCCAAGACCAAACAUCAUUAUAUAGGAUUUGAUAUGCUGUACGGGCAAAACAGCCGCAAGUAUCUGCACCACGCCGUGGCGUUCGAAUGCGUCAGCCGCGACGGCUCCCCGACCAGCGAGCUCUUCGAGCAGUACGUCGGACACCCGGGCUUCGAAUGCUACACUCCAAAUAUGCCUCCCGAUUUCUACCUCUGUGAGAGGUUUCUCAUCAACUGGGCCAUCGGGAGUGAGGGCGAAUUGCUUCCAGACCACGUGGGAUAUCCGCUCGGGGACCUCCACGGUGGAGCGGAUUAUGUUCUGUUCCAAACUCAUUACGAUAACAAACCCAUGCACGCAGACAUCACUGUCGAAUGGGGCAUGGAUAUUUACUUCACAGAUAAACUAAGAGAACAAGAUGCAGGAAACAUUGCCUUGGGUCACUCCAUUGUAUUUUCCUUAACGGUGCCCCCAAGGACUCCCCAUUGGCUUGUUUCUGGGCACUGCGCCUCUGAAUGUACGGCCCAGGCAAUUCCUGAAGAGGGCAUUCAUGUUUUCAUGGUCUUCUUGCAUGGGCAUUAUUUGGCCCGAGCAAUCAGGCUCAGACACUUCAGAGGAGGCAGGGAGCUCAGGCCUAUCGCCACGGACGCCAGUUUCGAUGCGGAUUUCCAGCAAUCUCGGAUGCUUACCGAAGAGGUCAAAAUACUCCCUGGUGACCAUCUUACUGUAGAAUGCGACUACGAGAGCUUAUCCCGAGCAAAUGGCACUUACAGUGGUUGGGCCGCGACCGAUGAGAUGUGUCAGGCCUUUAUUAACUAUUACCCUCGAAUAAACUUGGCUCUCUGCAGAUCAGCAACCCAUCCAAGCGUCCUGCAAGAUCUGUUCGGGAAUCACGGAGUCACGAGCUUUCCUGAAGAACUUGAUUUAUCGACGUACGUCUUCGACCCAGAGGUCGGCGGAGGUCGAAGGUACCAAGAGGUCAUGAACAGCUUGCCAUGGGAGUCACUGAACAAGGAGGAGCUGAAUGAGAGAAUUGUUCGAGGUGAUCAAGCUAUUAAAUGCCAGUACACCUACGGACAAAAGCUCGAGAUUAAGGAAACCAUCACGAGAUACCCGAAAUCAAAACCUUAUGUCGCUCCUGAAGAUGCCGCGUGUUCCCUCAGGAACCAUCCAAGUUCCAAGGGGCAAGAUUUGUCUUACACUCUCGUAGUUUCCUCGGGAACAGCCGGAGGCCAAAAGCAAAAGCAAACUGCCGAAAUUGUCAGCGGCAGCAAAGGUUCUGGUCCAGCAAUUAUCGGUUUGGUCUUCUGCUCACUUCUGGUGAAAUUCUUGUAAUGGUCACCAGGGUCUAGACCGUGUGGAUACUAACGUGCUUUCCUCUUACACAAGGAACACCCUACGGUGUAUGGAAACUGCUACAGAACGUGGCUGAGGAACGGCAACCCAAGUGAUUCAUGGAAAGAGAAGUAGCUUGUAUGUGAGGCAUAUUUAGGUAUGGAAAAUGAAUCGUCGGGUAACUGUUUAUUGGUCAUACAGGAGCAGCGGAAAUAUUCAGUUUUAUGAAAACUUUUUUCUAAGCGAUCAUGUGAAAUCUUCAGAUGUUCCAGACAUAAUAUCGCUAGAUAUAAAAGAAGUGGGUGUGAAUAAUUUUGUCGAAAAAGCACUAAAAAAGGUUAUAAUUAUCAUGGUGUGUGAAAAUAGACUUCGAGAGCUACAUUGGAUUCCUCUUAGUCGGACGAGUUAGAGGAAUUUCAGCAGGAAGCCUUAGAUCUAGUAGAUGACUAACAGUUUUAUGGUAUAGGAAGUGUCAUUCGGAAUAGAAAUCAAAGGUUAAUAGAAAAUGACAAAGCAAGUGAGAAUAAAAAAACAAAAACGAAUUUCGAAUGGUAGUAGAAAUAAGAAGAACGCUGCAAAAGAACAAACAGUGAAUAUAACUUUUUUGGGAAACAUGGCAUUUAUUUCCUGUUGCCAAACGAUAGAUAUUUUGUGAACGACAAAUCAAUCAAGGUCAUUUAUUUCCUACUAAUUAGUGAAGACAGUUUGACUAAAUUAUUAUGUUAGGGAUCCCUCAGGCUUGAAACGAAUGCUUAAACAGAAAAGAUAAUCAUCAAGAAAAUCUCGAUACCACGGAAACCUUUUUCAUUAGGAAAGGAAUACUCAAAAACAUUAAAAUAAUAUUGGAAUGUGUGGGGACUGGAUUCAAUUGAAACUGGGAGAAAAAAGUGUGUUACUGAAGAGCCAUUGCUUUUAGAAUAGGCCAGACCGUGGGCAGUUCAUGUGAAAUUGUCGGAGAAGAAUGAGGGAAUAAGAUGGAAACAGAACCCGUCUAUCUUUCGAAAAAUACUUCACAAAUUAUGGCGUAUAAUGACUGGCUUCAUUAGGCUGCAGUGCAAUUUUAUUAGGUUUAUUCAAAUUACUUUGGUAUUUUCAUCAUAUAUUUGAACACAAGCACAGGUAAUAACUGAUAUUCCAUUCAGAUCGGCUCAAUUCUAGAUAAUACAUAGGCUCUCUCUCUCUCUCUCUCUCUCUCUCUCUCUCUCUCUGUGGGAAUACGUACGCAACAUUUAAGGAAUGAAGCCUCUGGAUGUACAGUAUAUACAUCAAAAAUACUUGUAUGGAAAUUUAGUACAUAUUUUCUUUACCCAAAAUUCUGAAUAACAAGAAGGCAUAGUACGGUAAUACAGAUUUAUUGUCUCACAAAACUAAAAUGACAAUUCAGCUCUACAGCCACCAAAACUCUAAACAAGAUGAAAGUUAAAUGAUGCAUAUACAUAUAUGUUGAAAAUGAUUUGAUAUGAAACUCUACAUGAAAACAAUACAAAAACAAGAUGACUAAACGGUGACUUGAUGAUAAAGUAAGUGCGCACAUGAAGUGCAGGUACUACUUUCAAGAGGAGGGUUUGGCCAGUGCUAGAAGUGCAUUUCCUUUCAUACAGGGAAAAGUUUGCUGUGACAGUACAUAUUGGAGCUAAGUAGUGGAGAUUAAGGGAUAAUAUUUUCCGCAAUACCCUCCCCCUAUAAAGCAAUGUGCAGGUGAUUACUUUACAACUUGGUAUUUCCCGGGAAUUGUGGUGCCCUCACGUGAUCGUUCGCCCGUUGGUUCAUUUUCUUAAUUUCGGAAGAAACACAAUGGCUUAAGAAGUCUUAUAAACAACUAGUUCAGUGUAUAUCUAUCUAUAUAUAUGUAUAUAUAUAAUGUGUGUAUAUAUAUAUAUAUAUAUAUAUAUAUAUAUAUAUAUAUAUAUAUAUAUAUAUAUAUAUACAUACGUGGACACCCCGUAUUCGCGGGGGAUGUGUACCAGACUUCCCAACGAAUAGCUAGAUUCUGUGAAUGCCUAGAAUCCCUAUAAAUUGCUUGAAACUGCCUAUUUUGUUAGUUCAAACUUAAGAAAAACCACUAAAAUUGCUUCUACCUGGUUUUUAAAUAGUUUUAUCACAAAAAGUGCAUUUAAUCAUGAAAUUGACAUGCUAAUUCAGUAAUGUGUGGAUAUUUCUCAUAGAAAAAUACCGCAAAUAUGCGAAUUUCUCCCGAAUAGUGGGUAUAUAAUUUCCGUAGAGAAAUCCACAAAUACAUGAGUCCGUGAAUGCGGGUUUGCAAA